AUGGCAACCGACUUGGAGCAGUUGUUGGAUAUGGGCUUUGAAGAAGCCCGGGCUACGUUGGCUGUCAAGAAAUCUGGCGGUCUCCAAGGAGCUCUUGAAUGGCUGGAAAACAACCAGGACAAGACUCUUGAGCAGAUCCAGGAGGAUACUGGGGGUCAGGACGAUGAAGAUGAUGAAGAAGCCACCAAGGCUAAGAUCGCCGAGCUGGAGGCCGGUACAGAAGCCAAGUCAAUGGUCUGCAAUGAGUGCGGCAAGAAGUUCCGUUCCAUGCAAGCUGCCGAGUUUCACGCAUCCAAGACCGAGCACACUGACUUUUCGGAAUCCACCGAGGAGAUCGCCCCAUUGACAGAAGAGGAGAAGGCAGCAAGACUAGCAGAACUUCGAGAAAAGGUCAAGUCCAAGAAGGCCGCCAGCGCUAUUCAAGACAAGGAAGAGGCAAGGCGCAACGAGUCGACCAAGGAAACUCAAGAAGCCAAGGAGGAGCUUCAGCGCAAAGAGCAGAUGAAAGAGGCUGCGCGCAAGCGUCAAGAGAAGAUUGACGAUCUCGAGGCCAAGAAGAGAAUCAAGGCCAAGAUCGAAGCUGACAAGGCAGAGAGGAAGCGGAAGGCCGACGAGGCCAAGGCAGCGCGGGAAGGCAAGGCGGCCCCAGUGGCCGACUCAAAGCCCAGCACGGCCCCGGCUGCUCCCAAGGCCAAAGUUGAUCACGAUCAAGCCAGACUGAGGCUGCAGACUGCAUCUGGAAACAUCAUGAAGACACUUCCCGCCGAAACAACGCUGUUCGAGUUAGCAGAGCAGCUCAAGACCGAGACAGGGACUACUGUCACGAGCUUCUCUACUACAUUUCCCAAGAAGACUUUCGAGGGAGACGUCGAUAUGUCCAAGACGUUGAAGGAGGCAGGCUGCGUGCCUUCAUCCGUACUCAUUGUGAAGUAG